GCCAAUGAUGAGCCAGCCGGUGAUGAGCCCGCAGAUGGUGAGCCCGCAGAUGUUGAGCCCGCAGAUGUUGAGCCCACAAAUGGUGAACCAGCAGAUGGUGAGCCCACAGAUGAUGAGCCAGCAGAUGGUGAGCCAGCAGAUGGUGAGCCCGCGGAUGGUGAGCCCACAGAUGAUGAGCCAGCAGAUGGUGAGCCCGCGGAUGGUGAGCCCACAGAUGAUGAGCCAGCAGAUGGUGAGCCCACAUAUGGUGAGCUCGCAGGUGUUGAGCUCGCAGAU